AUGUCCAGCGACGUCACAGCACCCGCCUCAGACACGCCGUCGCCGCUCGAAGCGCUGCAGCAGCGGCACCGCAAAGAAACCCGCGAUCUGGUCUCGCGGAUAACGCAGAAGAAGAAGCAAGCCAGCAAGAAGACGCGCAAAGGCGUCAACGACGAAUGCGAGCGACUGGAGCAAGACCUGAGAGAGCGACAGUCGGAGGAAGUUCGCGUUCUGAACGGCGAUGGCGAGGAGCACGUCCUUGAGAGCGAGCCCGAGGACGAGAAAGACGACGUCGUGCAUAUCGAAAUCGAAGGGCUGAGCAUCAACGGGACCGCCGCGCCGUCCAGCACGGGGUCAAGCACGAGCGCACCAACGGCUACCGCAAGCGACGCCAGCGCGCCGGGCAAGAAAAAGAAUAGGCAGAAAGAGCGCCUCGCGCGCCGCAAAGCAGAGCAGGACGCCGCCGUCGCGCGCGCAGAGGAGGAAGCGCGCAACGCACCCAAUCCGCGGGAGCUGGAGAAGGCCCGCUUUGAACCGGUGCUGGAAGAGAAGGGCCUGCGGCUGCACGAGAUACGCGCAGACGGGCAUUGUCUGUACGCCGCGGUCGCGGACCAGCUCAGCGCGCGCUCCGUCUCGCUCGAACCGCGGGUGCCUCUCUCUCUCACCACGGCCGAAAGGGACAACGCGCCGCCGUAUAAAAUGGCGCGGUGUGCGGCUGCGGACUGGAUAGAGGGACACAGAGACGACUUCGAGCCGUUCAUGGAAGACGCCCUGCCGGAACACGUCAGGAAGAUUCGCGAGACGGGCGAGUGGGGCGGGCAUCUGGAACUGCUUGCACUGGCGAAGAGCUACGGGGUGCGCAUCUGCGUGUUGCAUAGCGAUGGCCGGGUGGACAAGAUUGAAGAUGAGGGCGAGAAGGAAGGCAGGGAGGAGAUCUGGUUGGGGUAUUAUAGGCAUAGUCACGGGCUGGGGGAGCAUUACAACAGUCUGCGCAAGGUGGAGGCUUGA